AUGGCAUCAUCCAACAAUGUGGCGAUGCAUACAGCAAGUGUUGAGUCACUUGCUGAAGUUUUCCGAUGUUUUAUUUGUAUGGAAAAACUUCGUGAUGCGCGUUUAUGUCCUCAUUGUUCAAAAUUGUGUUGUUUUCCUUGUAUAAGACGCUGGUUAACAGAUCAACGUCAACAAUGUCCCCAUUGUCGAGCAAGUCUUCGUUUACAUGAUUUAGUUAACUGUCGUUGGGCUGAAGAAGUGACGAUACAAUUAGAUAGUUUACAAGUAAAUGAAAUAAGUAAACAAAAACGAGAAGAAAAGGAUAAAUGUGAUUUACAUCGAGAAAAAUUGAGUGUUUACUGUUCAACAUGUUCAAAAUGUAUAUGUCAUCAAUGUGCACUGUUUAAUGGAACUGUGCAUUCUGGUCAUACAUUUUUACAACUUGAUGAUGUCUUUCAAGCUAACAUCGCUACUGUUAAUGAUCAAAUAAAUCAACUGAAACGGCGGCAUGUUGAACUAAUAUGUCUUAUACAAGAUGUUGAGCGUAAUGUUGAAAGUGUUAAAACAGCAAAAGAUGAUCGUAUUCGAGAAACACGUAAUGUUGUACAUGUAAUGGUGGCUCGAUUAGAAGAACAAUUAAAAUCAAAACUCGAUCUACUGAAUGGUCAACGUUUACAAUUUUCUCGUGAAACAGAAUUGAUCGAGCAUAUGUUACAAGAUAUCGAACAUAAAAUCAAGACAAGUGGAAAAGCAGAACUUAUAUCAAAACAACAAGAUCUUUUACAAGCGAUACAACUCAUUCAUCGAAAACCAAUGACAAGUUUUGUAACAACUCCUAUACCAAAUGAUUUUAUUAGUGAAAUUGUUCCCCAAUACGAUUCAAGUACAUAUGUGAUAAAUAAUUUUACAAUUUUACAACACAAUAUUGAUCCAGUUUAUAGUCAACCAUUACAUCUAAAUGGGUUAACAUGGCGUUUAAAAGUUUAUCCGGAUGGAAAUGGAACAGUUCGUGGAACAUAUUUAUCAGUAUUUCUUGAAUUGACAACCGGUUUAAGUGAACCAUCAAAAUAUGAAUAUCGCGUUGAAAUGAUUCAUCAAAUAAGUAAAGAUCCAACAAAAAAUAUAAUUCGUGAAUUUGCAUCUGAUUUUGAAGUUGGUGAAUGUUGGGGUUAUAACCGUUUUUUUCGUCUUGAACAAUUGGCAUCCGAAGGUUUUCUUGAUACCGAAAACGAUACACUUAUUCUUCGUUUUCAAGUUCGUCCACCAACAUAUUAUCAAAAAUGUCGUGAUCAACAAUGGUAUACAAACCAUUUAGAAAAUGAAAAUCAUCAUUUACAAAAUGAAAUCAAAAUUCUAAGAGAUAAAUUAGACCUUGUUUCAAAUCGUCGACGUAAUCCAGACUCACCAGACAACCAUCUACAUCCUGUAUCUGAUGGAUCAAAACACACUGGCGAUUCAACAGUACCAGCGAUUAAUAAUAAUUGUGGUGAUGACACAAGAAGAAAACCUCAAAUAGCUCCAUUAGAAAUCGAACAUGUGAAUAGAUCGGGACGAAUGAAUGAUGCUGAUGGAGAGCAAGAUGAAACAUCCACAGAGUCUGAUUCAUCAUGUCCAAUUGAAAGUGAAUCAUUAAGUUCUGAUGAUGACGAUGAAAAUGAUGUUGAUAUAGAAAAUGCUUCUGGUGAAAAUGAUAUCGAUGAAAAUGGUUAUGACCCCAACAUUCACCAACUUCAAAAUCAGAUGCAAAUUCACG